CGGAGCGUGUUGCCAAGCAAUAUGUAAGCAACAUGGCCGCCAAAAAGUGUAUCAACUUUUGAUUAGGUGGUAAAAAUGCAUUGAAAUCAAGCUGUUUCGGACAGCUUUUAAACAAAAGUGGAAUAAUUAUAGAAGAGAAUAAAUCAUGGCCUAUAACAGGCAAGCGAACGGAGUUCAUAGGAGUAUGAAUGAUGCUCCAACCAUGAAUGGAUCAGGACUCAAUGGAAACACAGAGAAUGGACAACUGUCAGCCAGUCAGCCCCUAGGGUUGAGGGGUAUUGACCCAGAGUCCCUUAAAUCCCGCCUUAUAUCAUUUGCUCCCCAGCAAGCUACCGCCAACCCCAAAUCACUGAGGUUCAACAGAGUUACACAGUCUCAACUUAAGAAGAGCUAUGCUCCAAUUGGUCCAAAGCUGGAACCUGUGCCAAGUCUACAGAAGUACCAGGAGCGGAAUCACCCGAGUUACAUACAGAACCAGAACCGGGUGAAGCUGGAGAGUCAGGGAGUCCUGAGGAAGGAUGAACCGGUCUCCAAGAAGAUGAGGAGAGCCGGUUCUGUAGAACCGAUGGAGAAACCGGAGUCUCCACUGCCAGAGUUACCCGGAAAUUUACAACAGAAACAGGAUUCCAUGGUCCUACGAAUCCCAACACCGCCCAAAGAGUCAAAGCCAGUCUCACCUAGGGGCAAAAUCCACACAACUGGCCCCAAGAUGCCAGCCUCAACAAAACCCAAAAUUGCUGAGACUUUUGAUGGUCUAAAUGAUGCAGAUGAAAUCAUUCGACUGAUUAAAGAGGACAAGAGAGUCGGAUUCCUGUACCUCAGUCCGAAUGUCCCCAAAUCCUCUGUCAAAUACCACUACUACAAUCUCAAGGUGGUGAACCAUGAAAACAUCAGUAAGAGCGACUACUGCACCAUCAGCCAGGAGGGUGUGACCCGGAUGAGGAACGACGAUGAGACAGAGUUUGUGACCCUGGACCGCUGGGAACAGGAGUACAACUACUUCAAGAAGAUCAUCAAGAUCAAGACGUUUGCUCUGUUCAGGAAGUGGAAGGCGUUCAAUGUGUGGAGGAAGAACGUCCGCACCAAGAAGAUCACGGAGUGUACCAAGGCCCUGAACGAGAACCUCUUCAUCGUCAACCCGUCUUUGAGACCUGCCCUGCUGAAUGUGCGUGAGAUGUGUCACCGUAUCAGUGACAUGGGUCUGUGUAAGGUGGAGAAGGGCAACACCUACGCCCUGUUACAGUUCAGGGAGGCCCAAUUCACACAGCUCACAGAGGUUGCGGGCCGGUUGUCAGAGUUCCGUGACCUGGUUAAGGAGGUGGUCCGCUCGGCCUGUAGGACCGCCCUUCUGGAGGCUGGAUUCACCCCGGACGAUUACUACAUGGCCGACGACGGCGCGAACAGCCCCGGUCUGGGUGACAUGGCCCCGGGGACAUCAUCCAGCUACAUGAUGCCCAGUAACUACGACAUGGACAUCUACGGCGAGGCCCCGGACAGGAUGACAUACACAGAGCAGGCCAACAAGAGGGCCCACUGUAAACGCCUCACCUGCUUCAUCCGGCUGGCUGACUACCUGAUUGUGAACACGAUGCAUGUUCUGGCUGUGAACUCGGUGUCCACGCUGCUGAACUACCUGUCUGAACAACUCCAGAACACGCCCACUCUGGAACAGAUCCAAGGGUUCGCUGAGGAGGCCAAGCAGGCGGCCGAUGAACUCAAGGAGGACCCCGAAACUAGAGAAGAGAAAAAAGCCGAGAAAGCUCGACAAGAAAAAGAGAAAAGCGAGAAAGGGAAGCUGGAGGAACAGGAGGAUGAGGAGGUGCACCAGUUACCUCCCCUGUUUAUCACGGAGUUUGUGCUGGAGCCCAACCAACUGUUGUUUGCUCCGGACUCGGACGACUUCCAGGAAGGACUGGCGGAGGUCAUCAAGAAGUUCCAGGACGCUGUGCUCUCCGUACAGAACCUGGUCCCCGACAACUACUUCGACGCCUUCACGCACCCGAUCAUCAACAACAAGUUUGAGGAGAAGACAUGCGGUGAUGGUCCCAGCCUCUCUACCAUGUUUGAGGAUGACAAGCAUCUACAGAGCAUCAUCUCUGACAUCAGGAACUCGAUCACAGCUGCGUUCAAUGCGGCCUCUAACUAUGCGGACACGUUUGAGCCUCACCGCGAGUUCUACAGAGAGAACGAGAGUCUGGACCUAGAGGGACUCAGGGCCCUGGAGCACGAUGUUGCGUUCUUCGCCAGCGCUUUGGAGAAAUACCAUGGUCAGGUCAGGAUGGCCCAGGUCAUCAAGGAGAAGCGACCAAUCGGAAUGCUGUUGAUCGACGGAACCAAGAUGAAGAGUCUGCUGAACCCCUCACCCACACGAUGCCUAGAUGUAAUUAAUGACCUGCUGCCGGUGAAGGCGAGGAAGGAGGUGGACAGACUCAUCGCCGAGUUACAGGAUGCUCAGUUCAAACUCGAGGUCACACCCACAACCACCAUCGAGUUUGUCAACACGCUUUCAUUCCUCGAUGACAUUCAAGUCAGGAUUGAUCCAUUGGAGAAGGAGGCAAUGAUUGUGAAGGACAUGUAUGAGUUGAUUGAGCAGUACACAGUACCCACGCCUCCAGAGGACUUCGCUGUCUAUCAGACUCUGAACCCUAGCAUCACUGGAGUCAGGAACGCGAUAGACAAGUCUCUGACAGAGAGGGACGCCAACAUUGACAAGUUCUGUACACACCUGGACAAGGACAUCGCCGAACUCGGAAAGGAGGUCAAGGAGGUCAAACAAGAGGCCCAGAACCCGCUGAUCCUGGACUCCACAGCGGAGAAGGACAAGGUCCAGGGCAUCCUGAAGCGGAUGCUGAACCAGAUCGAGGGCCUCCAGAAACAGGCCUUCACCUACAAGUCCUACCAGAAGAACUUCAAGGUCGAGGUCACCAAGUUUGACGCUCUUGAGGAGGUCCACGCUGAGCUCAAACUGAAGGAGCUGCUUUGGUCCGCUAUUGACGAGUGGGACAACCACAUCAACGAGUGGAUGAGUGUCUCGUUCGAGACCCUGGACCCCGAACAGAUGAACAACACAACCAUGAAGUACGCCAAGUCUGUGAUGCAGCUGGAGAAGGGGCUUCCACCUAAUGGGGUGGUUCCCAUGCUGAAGGAGAGGGUGGAGACAAUGAGAGACAGGUUGCCGGUGAUUACGGACCUGAGGAACCCAACCCUGAAGCCGCGUCACUGGGAGGUGAUAGAACAGAUCCUAGACUACCACUUCACCCCCGAGGACCCUCUCACCCUUGGCAAACUCGUCGAGAUCAACGCCUUCCGCAACAGCGAGGCGCUGCAGGAGAUCUCAGGCCAGGCCAGCUCAGAGGCCAGUCUGGAGGCCAUCCUCAAGAAGGUCGAGGAUUCGUGGAAGUCGACAGAGUUCAUGGUCCUGCCCCAUAAGGACUCCAAGGAUGUGUUUAUUCUGGGUGGUACCGACGACAUCCAACAGAAUCUGGACGACAGCAACAUCAAUGUUGCCACCAUCGCCAGCUCCCGUCACGUCGGCCCGAUCAAGUCAAAGGUCGAGGAGUGGCUCAGGAAUCUGGAACUGUUCGGCAAAACUCUGGACGAGUGGUUGAACUGCCAGAGGAACUGGCUGUACCUGGAGAGUAUAUUCUCGGCCCCGGACAUCCAGAGACAGCUUCCCGCGGAGGCCAGGAUGUUCAUGCAGGUCGACAAGUCGUACAAGGACAUCAUGAGGAAGGUCAACCGGGUACCACUCGCCAUCAGAGCCGCCACCCAGCCAGGUUUGUUGGAGACUUUCCAGAACAACAACGCCCUCCUGGACCAGAUCCAGAAAUGUCUGGAGGCCUACCUGGAGUCCAAGAGAGUCUUGUUUGCCAGAUUCUACUUCUUGUCCAAUGACGAGUUACUCGAGAUCUUGGCUCAGACCAGGAACCCGCUCGCUGUACAGCCACAUCUCAGGAAGUGCUUCGACGCCAUUGCCAAACUCGAGUUUGGUGUCCAGCAGUCUCAGGACCCAGAAGAGGAGGUACAGUACACCAACGACAUCCUGGCCAUGAUCUCCCCGGAGAACGAGAAAGUCAGCCUCGGCAGGGGUUUGAAGGCCAGAGGGAAUGUGGAGGACUGGCUAGGAAAGGUGGAGGAAGCCAUGUUUCAGAACUUACGUAAACUUGUCAAGUUUGCGCUGACGGACUACGAACAACGCCCCCGCUCUGAGUGGGUGGUGACACACGCCUCACAGAUCGUGCUGACUGUGUCCCAGAUCGUCUGGUGCCGCAGCGUGACCGAGAUCCUGGAGGGGGACCAUGACAGACUGGAGGGCAUGAGGAACUUUGAGCAGCAGAACUUUAAGGAUCUGAAUGAGUUGGCCAGCAUUGUGAGAGGGGAAAUCCCCAAACUCGCUCGAGCGAACCUGUGUGCCUUGAUCACAAUUGACGUCCAUGGACGAGAUAUGAUCACGGGAAUGGUCGCCUCCAAGGUGGACACAGUGACUAACUUUGAGUGGCAGAAACAGCUGAGAUAUUACUGGGAUCUCGAGAUGGACAACUGUGUGGUCAGGAUGUCCAACUCGCUGUACGUGUAUGGCUACGAGUAUCUCGGGGCGUCACCUCGUCUCGUCAUCACCCCCCUCACUGAUCGUUGUUACCUGUGUUUGAUGGGAGCCCUACAGUUAGAUCUGGGUGGUGCCCCGGCUGGCCCCGCAGGGACAGGAAAGACAGAGACCACCAAGGAUCUCGCCAAGUCGCUCGCCAAACAGUGUGUGGUGUUCAACUGCUCCGACGGUCUCGACUACAAGAUGAUGGGUCGGUUCUUCUCCGGUCUGGCUCAGUCAGGUGCCUGGUGCUGUUUUGACGAGUUUAACCGUAUCGACAUUGAGGUCCUCUCCGUGAUUGCCCAGCAGCUGAUCACCAUCCGUAACGCCAAGGCCGCCAAGGUCUCGCGCUUCAUGUUUGAGGGUCGCGAGAUCAAACUCGUGAUGACCUGCGCUGCCUUCAUCACCAUGAACCCUGGGUACGCCGGGAGAACAGAGUUACCCGACAACCUGAAGGCCCUGUUCAGGCCUAUCUCUAUGAUGGUGCCUGACUAUGCCCUGAUCGCUGAGGUGAUCCUUUACUCGGAGGGUUUCGAGUCCUCCAAGAACCUCGCCAAGAAGAUGGUACAGAUGUAUAAGCUGUGCAGUGAGCAGCUGUCCCAGCAGGACCACUACGACUUCGGGAUGCGGGCGGUCAAGUCGGUGCUGGUGAUGGCGGGGGCGCUGAAGCGACAGAACCCCGACAAGAAUGAGGACGUGGUACUGAUUCGUGCCCUCAGGGACAGCAACCUCCCCAAGUUCCUCAAGCAGGACGCAUCUCUCUUCCAGGCCAUCCUGCAGGACUUGUUCCCUGGAGUGGAGAUUCCGGAGCACGACUACGGCCGUCUGGAGGAGGAGAUCAAGAAUGUGGUGGAGACCAAGAAACUCCAGAUCAUCCAAACGCAGAUCAAGAAGAUCAUCCAGUUCUACGAGACCAUGGAGGUCCGCCACGGGGUCAUGUUGGUGGGGCCCACAGGCGGGGGCAAAACCACCUGCUACACGGUGUUACAGGACACGUUGACCAAUCUCCACGCGGCGGGGGUAGAGAACCCGUUCUACCAGCCGUGUCACACCCACGUCCUCAACCCCAAGUCUAUCACCAUGGAGGAACUGUACGGGGGCAUCAACAAACUCACACUCGAGUGGUCCGACGGUCUCAUGGCCAUGACCGUCCGAUCCUGUGUACAGGACACUUCUAUGGACCACCACUGGGUGGUAUGUGACGGCCCGGUCGACGCCCUUUGGAUUGAGAACAUGAACACAGUACUGGACGACAACAAGAUGUUGUGUCUGGCCAACAGUGAGAGGAUCAAGUUCACCCCCUACAUACACAUGUUGUUUGAGGUCCAGGACCUCGCAGUCGCCUCCCCUGCCACUGUUAGCAGGUGUGGCAUGGUGUUUGUGGACCCUGAGGAGCUGAAGUGGCUGCCCUUCACCCAGACGUGGAUGAAUGGAUACGCGGAUAAAGUGAAGGAUGAGAUCCGCGAGUACAUUCUGGAUCUGUUUGUCCGAUAUGUGGAUGACGGAUUGACAUUCAUCCGGAAGAAGUGUCAGCAGAGCAUCAACCAGGUGGACAUCAGUAAGGUGACCACGCUGUGCCGUCUCCUGGAGUCCCUCUUGUUCCGUCGCGGCGGACCGGACUUGAACCAGGACAUGAACAAGCUAAACCCGAUCCUGUGUACAACGUUCGUGUUCUGCUACCUGUGGUGUAUCGGCGGGAACAUCACCGAGAAUUACUGGGAUGCGUUCGAUACGUUCGUCAGACAGCAGUUUGAGGACAAUGGAGAUGCCAAGCUGCCCAAUGCCGGCGACCUGUGGAGCUGUUACAUGGACUUUGAGACGCGCCGCAUGGACCUGUGGGAGAAGAUCGUCCCUCCCUUCAAGUACGAUAAGGAGGUGCCGUUCUUUGAGAUGUUGGUCCCCACCGUGGACACCGUCAGGUUCGGCUACCUGCUGGAGAAGUUCCUUUCCGUCAAUCACUCCGUGCUGUACACAGGUGGAACAGGUGUCGGAAAGUCUGUAGUUGCUAGAGGACUCCUGAACGGAAUUGCUGAGAAAGCCGACUACGUGCCACAGUUCAUCAACUUCUCGGCUCAGACCAGCAGUAAGAGAACCCAGGAAAUGAUUGAAGGGAAGCUGGAGAAACGCAGAAAGAAUGUGAUCGGUGCCCCGCUGGGCAAGCGGGUGAUAAUCUUUGUGGACGAUUUGAACAUGCCUAAACUGGACACUUACGGCUCUCAGCCACCCAUUGAACUGUUGAGACAGUACCAGGACUUCGGGGGAAUGUACGACCGAGAAAAACUCUUCUGGAAGGAAAUCCAUGAUGUGACGCUAUCCGCGGCCUGUGCGCCCCCUGGUGGAGGAAGGAACCCUGUCUCUCCGCGAUUCUUCCGUCACUUCGCCAUGUUGUCCAUCCCCCCUCCCUCAGAACACAGCCUCAAACACAUGUUCAUGCAAAUCCUGGCUGGGUUUUUCAUGGACUUCCCCACGGCCGUGCGUCAGACAACAGAACCAAUUUGUCAGGCUGCCGUGGAGAUUUACGGCAGGAUGUCGACCGACCUCCUCCCCACCCCCGCCAAAUCUCACUACGUCUUUAACCUGCGUGAUCUGUCCAAGUGUAUCCAAGGUCUGCUGCAGGCGGACACUGGCGUGAUCCGGGACGGGAAACAGGUGUUCCGACUGUUCUGUCACGAGUCGAUGCGCGUGUUCCACGACCGACUCAUCAACAACGAGGACAAGAAGUACUUCCACACUAUGCUGGCUGAGAUGGCCAGUAAACACUUUGGGGAGAAUGUGGAGGCGGACAGUUUCACCACACAUCCGAUCAUCUUUGGAGACUUCAUCAAGCUCGGCGCGGAGAGAGCGGACAGGAUCUACGAGGAGCUGAGUGACAUGAAGAAACUGACCAAUGUACUACAGGAUUAUCUGGACGAUUUCAACAUGAACUCCUCCAAGGAGAUGAAGCUCGUGUUUUUCCUGGACGCCAUUGAGCACGUCUCUCGUAUCGCCCGCAUGAUUCGUCAGGACCGAGGAAACGCCCUGCUGGUCGGAGUCGGGGGUACCGGCAAACAGUCACUGACUAGACUGGCCUCCCACAUCUGCUCCUACAAGUGUGUACAGAUUGAGUUGAGUCGAGGCUAUGGCUACGCCGAGUUCCACGACGACCUGAAGAAGCUGUAUCACUACGCCGGGGUCCAGAACACACACACCACCUUCCUGUUCACUGACACACAGAUUGUUGUAGAGGAGUUCUUAGAAGACAUCAACAACAUCCUGAACUCUGGCGAGGUGCCAAACCUGUUUGAACCAGACGAGUACGAGCAGCUGAUCAUUGGCUGUCGUCCGGCCGCAAAGGAAGUAGGCAUUGCCGAGGGCAACAGGGACGCGAUCUAUGACUUCUGUAUCAACAGGGUCAGGAACAACCUCCACAUCGUGCUGUGUAUGAGCCCCGUGGGGAGCGCCUUCAGGACGCGCUGUCGUAUGUUCCCGUCUCUCGUAAACUGCUGUACCAUCGACUGGUUCACGGAAUGGCCGCGCGAGGCCUUACUCAGUGUGUCCACGUCGUUCUUUGAGAGCGUCGAACUCGGAGAGGACAGUCUGAAGCAAAAGAUUGCUGAGAUGUGCGUGGAGAUCCACAUGAGUGUGAGUGACAUGGCCGAGCGGUUCUACAAUGAGCUGAAGCGGCGCUACUACACCACCCCGACCAGCUACCUCGAGCUGAUCCGCAUCUACAUCUCCAUGCUGCAGGAGAAAACUAAACAGCUGAAGAUGGCGCGUGACCGUGUGGACAAUGGUCUGAAGAAGAUCUUGGAGACAAACGUGCUCGUGGACAAGAUGAAGAAGGAACUCAUCGCACUCGAGCCAGAGCUCAAGAAGAAGUCCGAGGACACCAACAACUUGAUGGAGAGACUCGUGGUGGACCAGGAGGCUGCUGAUAAGGUGCGUAAAGUGGUGGUAGAGGACGAGGCUGUAGCUAAGGUUAAGGCUGAAGAGACUCAGGCCAUCGCCGACGACGCCCAACGUGACCUCGACCAGGCCCUGCCUGCCCUCGAGGCUGCAGUGAAGGCACUGGAUUCACUCGACAAGAGCGAUAUUGCUGAGCUUCGAGUCUUCUCCAAGCCACCCGAGCUCGUACAGACAGUCAUGGAGGCAGUGUGUAUCCUGCUUGGCUCCAAGACUGAUUGGACAUCAGCCAAGGUGCUGCUGGGAGAUGCCAACUUCCUGAAGAAUCUACAGACAUAUGACAAAGACAGUAUCCCAGACUCGAUGCUCAAAAAACUCAAAAAGUACAUCGACAAUCCAAACUUUAUCCCAGAAAAAGUCGAGAAAGUCUCAAAGGCCUGUAAGUCUAUGUGUAUGUGGGUGCUGGCCAUGGAUUCUUACUCCCACGUCUUCAGAACUGUGGAGCCCAAGCGAGCUAAGUUGGCUGAGGCCCAGAAGGAGCUGGACACGGUGAUGACUCUACUGAAGGAGAAGCAGGACCAGCUAGCGGAGGUGGAGGCCAAGAUCGCGGAGCUCCAGGCCACCUACGACAACAGCGUGCGCGAGAAACAAAAGCUGGAGCGCAACAUCGCCACCACCGCCGCGCGGCUCAAGAGGGCCGCCAAACUCACCACCGCACUCGGUGAUGAGCAGAUCCGCUGGGCCGAAACCGUCAAGGACUUCAACAAGCAGAUCGGUAACGUGGUGGGUGACGUCUUUGUGUCCACCGCCUGUGUGGCGUACUACGGCGCCUUCACCAGCACCUACCGCCACGAACUUGUAGAACUGUGGACCAAUCGCUGCGUAGAGCUGGAGAUUCCUGUGACCCCGGGAAUGACCAUCAUCACGGUUCUGGCCGAUCCAUUCGAGAUCCGACAGUGGAAUUCUGAUGGACUUCCCAAGGACCAACUGUCCACAGAGAACGCCAUUCUCGUCACCAGGGGGCGUCGCUGGCCCCUGAUGAUUGACCCCCAGGAGCAGGCCAACCGCUGGAUCAGGAACAGGGAGGCCAAGAACGGUCUGAAGAUCAUCAAGCUGACGGACGGACAGUUCCUCCGGACGCUCGAGAACUGUAUCCGAAUUGGAAUGCCCGUCCUGUGUGAGGACAUCGGGGAGUUCCUGGACCCCGCCCUGGAGCCUGUCCUACUGAAACAGACCUUCAUGUCUGGUGGCCGUCUGCUGAUCCGUCUGGGAGACAGCGACAUUGACUACGACCGUAACUUCCGGUUCUACAUGACCUCCAAGAUGGCCAACCCCCACUACCUGCCUGAGGUCUGCAUCAAGGUGACCAUCAUUAACUUCACAGUCACACUGUCAGGGCUGGAGGACCAGCUCCUCAGUGAUGUGGUUGGUCUGGAGCGACCAGACUUGGAGGAGCAGAGGAACCAGUUGAUUGUGAAGAUCAACUCAGACAAGAACCAGCUAAACGCCAUAGAGGACCGAAUCCUGAAGCUGUUGUUUGAGUCCCAGGGAAAUAUCCUAGACAACGAGGAGCUUAUUAACAUACUUAACGAGUCCAAGGUGACAUCCGGCGUAAUCAAACAGAGGUUGAGUGAGGCCGAGGUGACAGAGGAGAAGAUAAACACCGCCAGAGAGAAGUACCGCUCGGUCGCCACGCGUGGUUCUGUGUUAUACUUCGUGGUGGCCAGCAUGGGAGAAGUAGACCCAAUGUACCAGUUCUCUCUCAAGUACUUCAAACAGCUGUUCAAUGCCACCAUCGAGUCGUCCGAGAAGAGCGACCAGCUGGCCGAGAGACUGAAGAUCUGUCUAAGGGAGACAACUAUGACCAUCUACAACAACGUGGCCAGAGGCCUGUUUGAGAAGGACAAGCUGGUGUUCUCCUUCAUGAUGUGUGUGGAGAUAAUGAAACAGGAGGAGAAGAUAUCUCCGGUCGAGUGGAACUUCUUCCUCCGCGGAUCGGCGGGAAUGGACAAGCAGCGACCCCCAAUGCCAAGCGUCCCCUUCCUGAACAACAUCAAGGUCUGGAACAACGCAGUCGACCUCGGAGAGGUGUUCCCCAUCUUCAAGGGGAUCCACCAGGAUCUGACCAAGACUCCGGUCUGGAUCCAGCUCGGAACAUUGGAGGUACGAGCAAACCCGGAGAGUUACGAGACAUACGAGGGCGUCCCGCCGGAGCCGCAAGGCGUCCCUGGGGCGAUGGAGGACAUGGAGUCCGACAAAACGAAGGGUCACUGGGACAAACGCCUCACCAGCUUCCAGAAACUCAUGUUCAUCAAGGUCUUCAAGACAGAGAAGACUGUCUUUGCGGUAAGCGAGUUUGUGCGCGAGAACCUGGGUCAGAAGUUUGUAGAGAGCCCCCCGGUCGGCCUCCAGACCCUGUACGACGACAUGAACAGGAUUACCCCCCUUGUGUUUGUCCUGAGCACCGGCUCAGACCCCAUGGGAGCCUUCCUUAGGUUCGCCCGCGACAAGGGAUACACAGACAAAGUACAGUCCAUCUCCCUGGGUCAAGGUCAGGGUCCGGUAGCUGAGAAGCUGAUCCUGGCCGCGGUCAAGACCGGAGACUGGGUGUUCCUACAGAACUGCCACCUGGCGGCGUCCUGGAUGUUGGCCAUGGAGAACAUGGUCAAGGAUAUGUCGGAGAAACCGGACGAGAUCCAUGAGGACUUCCGACUCUUCCUCAGCUCCAUGCCCGCCAAACACUUCCCGGUCAGUGUCCUCCAAAACAGUGUCAAGGUCACCAAUGAACCGCCCAAGGGCAUCCGCGCCAACAUGAGGAGGGCCUUUGCCGAGAUCACUCCUCAGUUCUUUGAGGAGCACGUGCUGGCCUCACAGUGGAAGAGGAUGAUCUUCGGCAUCUGCUUCUUCCACGCUGUCAUCCUAGAGAGGAAGAAGUUUGGACCACUCGGCUGGAACAUCAGGUACGAGUUCAGUGACAGUGACCGUGAGUGCGCUCAGCUCAACUGUCAGAUGUUCUGUGCGGACGGAGUGAUUCCCUGGGACGCCCUCAUCUACAUCACCGGCAUGAUUACGUACGGGGGUCGUGUAACGGACGCCAUUGAUCAGAGGUGUUUGGAGACCAUCCUCAAGACGUUCUUCUACCCCAACACACUGGAGCCAAACUACAAGUAUUCUCCCUCAGGGAUCUACUACGCCCCUGAUUACCCGACUCUACAGGAGUACAGAGAUUACAUAGAGACCCUCCCCAUCGUCGACGAACCCGAGAUAUUCGGCAUGCACGAAAACGCCAACAUCGCUUUCCAGGCGGAGGAGACUGGUCACCUGAUCAGCACCAUCUUGGAUGUCCAGCCUCGUCAGGCCAGUGGGGGAACAGGCAAAUCCAACGACGACAUCGUGUACGAGCUGGCAGAGAGCAUUCUGGGUAAACUGAUGGACAAACUCGACAUCGAGCAGGCCAAUCAGGAGAUGUUUGAGCCCGACUCAAAGGGCCGACUCAACUCGCUCACCACCGUGCUCACUCAGGAGGUGGACAGGUUCAACAAACUGCUCAAGGUCAUCAAGAAUUCCCUGUACCAGCUACAGAAGGCCAUCAAGGGUUUCGUGGUGAUGAGUGAGGAGCUGGAGCUGGUCUACACCGCCUUCCUCAACAGCCAGGUCCCCAGUCUGUGGGCGGCCGCCGCCUACCCCUCCCUCAAACCCCUGGGGAGCUGGGUCAAUGACCUGAUUUAUCGCUGCUCCUUCAUUGAUAACUGGGUCAGACAUGGUCAGCCUCGCUCCUACUGGAUGUCCGGAUUUUUCUUCCCACAAGGUUUCCUGACUGGCACGCUACAGAACUACGCCAGGAAGUAUAACCUGCCGAUCGAUCACCUGACCUUCCACUUCCACCCACUCCCUCAUUUCCGUGAGCAGAAGGAGGUCACUGCACAGAUGGCCGAACUCAAGUUUGGGGAGGAGAUUGAGCUUGAUAAAGGGCUGCCGAACCCCGAGGAUGGAGUGUUGGUCCACGGGAUGUUCAUGGACGGGUGCCGCUGGGACGAGAAAGAGAUGGUUGUCACAGACUCCAUUAAGGGCGUGAUGAACUCCGCCCUCUGUAUGUUCCACAUGGAGCCCAAGAUGGACUUUGUCCCCGAUCCUGCUGACUAUAUCGCACCGCUGUACAAGACGUCAGCCAGGGCCGGUGUUCUCUCCACAACUGGUCACUCCACCAACUUUGUUGUGUUUGUACAUCUGCCGUCCAAACAGCCGCAGGAUUACUGGAUCUCUAAAGGUGCUGCCCUCUUGUGUCAGCUCAGUGAAUAAAGGGCAGACAACUCUUAACACUACUCUAUUGUGAUGGAAGUUGAUUUGUGAACACAGCAUUUUUGUGUAUAUUUAUGUUAUGAACUUUAAAAGUUAUGAUUCCGCUAUUAUUCCGUCCUUGACCUUAAUAAUAUUAUUACUAUUUAUUAUUUAUGUUACAAAAACUGUGAUAAUAUGGAGGUAUUCGAGUGCAUUUCCAGUUUGAUUUUUUUUUGGUGUAUUAAACAUGUAUUUACAAUGGAUUUAUUUUUGUAUGUUUAUUAUUUUUUACCUUUUUUUGUUGACAUUAAAUGUUAUUAUUUCUUCUCCUAAGUGCAAAUUGUACGUUAAUGGCCUUCUUCAGAACUGUAUCUAUUUUCACUGAAGACAUAUAGUUUAUAAUGUAAUGAGAGACCUCUUUAUCGGAUUCCAAGUCUAAGUGUGCCUUUGUUACAACUUUUUUGUUGGUUAGAUAUAUCUUUUUAUUAGUUAUAACAAUUCAGUACAAUGUACAAUCAUUGUGGGAACGGACCCCAUUUUGCCUUUGCUGUGAAUUUCACUUAUAAUCUUCAAGCAGGAUAUAUUGUACACUGAAAUUCAUCAAGCAUUCCUAAAGAUUGUGAUAAUUUGGUUGUGAAGUUUGCCUAUUGUCAUGUUGUAUAAUUAUUUGACCAAUAAAUGUUUCAUUAUUUACAA